AUGUUUUGGUUCUUUUUUGCUGUUCUAUUUGGGCUACAUGAUGUGGGGUAUGCAGCUCCUUUGACGACCAAGACGAGCUUCACAGUGGACUUGGGCUACACCAUCCAAGAAGGCCUACUCGAUACUAGUCACGGAAAUACUCGCUAUGUCAACUUUACCAACGUACGUUAUGCAGCUCCACCAAUUGGUUUGAACCGAUUCAAACCUCCAGCACCACCUGUGAAAAACCGAACCACUCAGAUAGCAGGUCUUUACGGAGUUGAAUGUCCUCAAGCCCAGCCCGGAUGGUUCAACUACAUAGGAUCAGAUGUUGGAAACCAGACGGAGAUGCCUUCUUUCACGAAAGAUGACGUCUACCCGCCUCGGCCGGGCUCAAGCGAAGACUGCCUUUUUCUGGACAUUUUGGUUCCAGAGAAUGUAUUCAAGCAGAGAAAUACGGCUAAAGUACCAGUUCUUCUAUUCAUCCACGGGGGUGGCUACGUACAGGGCUCGAAGACGGAAUACGGAUCUGGUGUCGGAUUGUUGAAUGCCGCAGCCCAGAAUGACCAAGAACUCAUAUACGUGUCCGUAAACUACCGCCUAGGACUAUUUGGCUUUCUUGCUAGCUCGGACUCGCACAUUUCUCCCAAUCUCGGACUCCAAGAUCAGGUAUUUGCAAUGCAAUAUAUACAAGAUUAUAUUCACCUAUUUGGAGGAAACAAAAGUGCCCUCACUGUUAUGGGAGAGUCAGCGGGAGCAGGAUCCAUUCUUUAUCAUCUUACCUCACCUGACGUUUCAUCUCUUUCGUUAUUUCAAAAAGCCAUCGUGCAUAGCCCUUACACGUACUUCAUUCCAACAAUUCAGCAGGAAGAAACAAUGCACCAGGUUUUACGAGCCUCGAAUGUUUCUUCGUUGGUUGAACUACAAUCUCUGUCCACGGAGACCUUGCGGACUGCCAAUGGUGUUGUUGUGGGCAACUCUCGGCCUUACGGCACAUUUGGGUUCGGCCCUGUAUUAGAUAACGACCGUUACACAGGAUAUCCCCCCUUUCUUCUGCGUCGAGAACUAUUCGAUCACUCGAUACAAGUAAUGGGCGGCCACAACUCGAACGAAGGCCUCUUGUUUGCGUCCCCUUUCAUACACAACAACAGCCAAUUCGACUCGAACAUUGCCCUCCUAUUUCCUCAAAAACCUGAAUCUGCGCUCUCAACCAUUGGGCAAACUCUGUAUCCAGCCAACUUCGAUGGCUCAUUUGGCUAUGUGAACCAACUGGGCCGCAUAGCUCGCGUAGUCGCAGACGCUACCAUUACCUGUAACAACUAUCUUAUAAACAAGGUUUUUGAACCCCUCAAGGACAACUUUGCUUAUCAGUUCUCCGUACCGCCGGCAUGGCAUGCCAAUGACCUGGGAUACACUUUCAUGAACCCUAGCAACCCGGGAGCCGGAGUGAACGUCACUUUGGCCGUAAUUAUGCAACGUUACUUUGCAAGCUUUGUUACCUCAGGGUUACCUAAUCCAGUCAGUGGAAGUUUCCUUCCUGAUUUCGCGUCCAGCGAGGGGUUGAUUGUGCAAAAUCUCAAUAGCACCUUGGUUGGACCAGUUCUAGAUACUGCUGUCAAUGCUUCGAAGUGCGACUGGUGGCAGGAAGGAAGCUUUAUCUAGGCCGUUUGUAAGAUAACUUAGUAUAAGUUUUGUCAUAUUGUAGAUCAACAACCAAAUUUUGGAGGUACGGUUACACUUAUAUAGUAAUCUCUGUGACCGCUGAGGAAUUCUCAACGUAG